AUGGGCGCGGGGUAUGCCGUCAUUCAAAUAAUCCUCUUGUUCCUACAGUCUACCUUCGUUAUACCAUCCGUCAUUAGCCCUUCAUUUGGAUGCCAGCUGGAAUUCGAGUUCAUUCAACAGAGCCUUCCAAGUCCCGUCUUUGCAUCAUCAGAAAUUGACGGACUCAAUCUGAAUAUCACCGUUCCUUCUAGUAUUCCUAGUGGUGCAAAGUUGCCCGUUUUUGUUUUCAUCCGCGGAGGUGGUUUUAUCAUCGGCGGGAAUUCCUGGCCACAAUAUAACACUGCUAAGCUUGUUGAAAUGGCCGUGGAACAGAACAAGCCGAUAAUUGCAAUAAACAUCAACUACCGCGUUGGCGUCUUCGGCUUCCUCACGUCAGAAGAAUUGAGAAACGCAGGUUAUACAAGAAACAACGGUCUUCGCGACUAG